GCAAUUGUAGUUUUCCUGUAAUCCAAACGGCGCACUGUUUUGAAUUCACAGCAGAGACAAGAAAAAAAAAAAGACGAGCCAAGAUUUGCAUCUUCGUCGUCUCCGAUGCUCAGCUCCAUCAUCGACGACAAGCCCGUCGGUUCAUCUUGGCUCAACCGCCUCCGUUUGAACAGAGGACUAACCACCACCGAAUAUGACGACGCUUCCGGUAAUCCACUUACUCUCGACGACUUCCUCCGCCGCAACCACCACACCGAAAUCACCGGAGAUUCCGCCUCCGAUUCACCUCCAUCUGCCCCAAUUCCUUCAGAUCCAGAGUUAGCUGAAAGCCCAUUGGAAGAGCCAAAUCCCGGAGAAUGGUACGGAGUGAUGAGCGAUGUUCUCUCCGAGCUAUUCAAUUUCGACGGCGGCGGCAGCGCAUCGAAAUCCUCCACGAUUCCAGGGAAGAAGAAGCUACCGAGGAAACAAUCAAACCCUAGGCAUUGCUCUUUAGAGACUCCACAAGACGUUGCUCCGUUGGUAAAUACGAAGAUCAGCGACGCGAAUUGCGUUCCUAGUGUUCGUGAAUUCGCUACUUCGUCGUCGCGUAGUUCGUACAAUAAGAAACCUCCGGCGCCGGAGAUUAGGGAAAGGAGAAGAAGCGUUGUGGCGGAGGAAGGUGAGGAGGGAGUGGAUGAGGAAGAAGAGAAAGGAGAGAAGGAUUUAGUUGGUUUCUCGAGGAGUGAAGUGACGGUGAUUGAUACGAGCUUUAAGGUUUGGAAAUCUGAGAAACUUGUGUUCAGGAGGAGAAAUGUGUGGAAAGUGAGGGACAAGAAAGGUAAAUCAAAGAUUGUUUCGAAGACGAAGAAGAUGAUGAUGAAGAAGAAGAUGAAGAAAAAGAGGAAAUGUGAUGAUGAUGAUGAUGGUGAUGGUGAGAUUGCUAAGAAAAGCAAAAAGAUGAAGAGUUCAAUAUCAGUUCCAGACAAUAAUUAUGUCGAAGAGAUAAAUGAUGAACCAGAAAGCAGUAAUGUCAGCAGAAGAUUGCCCUCUAAGCCUAGGAAGGAAGGUUCUUUCGGUAUACAUACAAGCAAGAAGAAUAGUGAAGUAGAGGCUCGAGGUUAUCGGUCCUUGGCCUAAAAGAGCUUGUAAACCAAACCAAGUUUGGGAUUUAUGUAUAUGAUGAUAACUGUUGUAUGAUUAUUAUGUAACAUUCUUGUUUAUGAAAAAUGUAUUGCUUGUAUCUGAUUUAAAGAGAACUUAAAAUCAA